CAAGGUAUAGCUCAAAAUGGCUGUAAUGAAACAGUUAUGCAGAGCUGCUGUUCUUCAUGAGAAUUAAUGUGUUGCAUUUGUUUCAUUAAUGGAGAAACCUAUAUGCGAUCCGGACGAAAUACCGGAAAGAACGCUGCCCUAACACGUCUGUCUGUCUGGAGUGCUUUCUGCGAAGACCCUCUCCGACUCCCCUGACAUCUGCGGCGGCCGCACUGGACGAAGCCAUGAAGAGUCAGGAGCAGAAGAUGCACCAGAGCGCACUGAAAGGCCAGAUACAAAAUGAAACCAGACCGCAGUGCCAGACCAAGAGCCUCCAGUUCAGGAGCAUCGCCCCCAAGGCCCCCCCGGCAGUGUCGGCCCCACCCGCUGUCCUGUCCUGCCAGCCCCCCUCCACUCUGCCUGAGGCGUCGGCGGCGGUCAGCCCAAAGUCCAUCAUCGUCCCCGCCCAAAAUUACGCCCUCAUGCAGGUGGCCGGCCAGGAGGGGACCUUCUCCCUGGUGGCCCUGCCGCCAUCGCUGUCCCCUCAGUCGCCCCAGCAAAUCCAGAAGGCACUACCCAUCCCCAAAAACCUGAAGCUGCCCAUCCCAAGGUACCAGCCGGUGAGGAGCAAGAGCACCCCGGAAAAGGCCUCGCCGGGCAGGGCGUCUCGCGUGCAGAGCCCCACCAAAUCGCCCCUGCCGAGGCGGAGGGCCGCCACCGCGGCGCGGGCCCAGCCCUCCGAGUGCCUGGAGAGUGGGCCCGCGGUGGAGCCCCCGGAGCAGGUCAUCCUGAUCGACCCUGGCUCCUCCGAAAUGGCGGUCACCACCCUGCUGGCGGACAAUGCCGUCCUGUGCUCGGGGUCCCAGGUGGAGAAGCCCGUCGACCCAGACAAGACGGGGGGCGAGCAGCCCACCACCGGUCUCCUGCGAAAUCUGCGGCCGUCGUCCGGCGCGGGGGCGAGGGAGGCGCUGGUCCCCGCCUCGUUGCCCGCUGGCGACGGCUCCCCCGUUAAGCCCCUGGAGGACGAGAAGAGGUUUGGGCCGUGCCUCUCGAAGCCUGCUGGCCAGCCGCCCAACAGCAUCACCGUGCUCUCUCCAGCCGUCUUCAGCAAGGCAGUCCAAAUCAUCCCCUCGCCACCCAGAGGAAAGCUGCCCAUCCUGCCCUACUCAAAGAUGAAAGGCACCCUCUUACCGGUGGCCAAACCCAGCCCUAAGUGUGCCGGCCUCCCCGCCGGACCCUUGGGGCCCACCGAAGCGGUCCAUCAGAAGCAGCCGCCAGGCUUGGCACGUCAAAACUCGUCGGCGGCUAAGAGCGCCGGCUUGCUGGGAAUGGGGCUGUCUGCCUCGCCUAAACCAGCUGGGAAGAAGAGGGGAAGGAAGAGGAAGACCAUGGAGGACAUACUGGCCUUUGAGGCUAAGAAGAAGAGGUCCCUGUCCUUCUUUAGGAGGAGGGUGCCAGAAAAACCAGCCCCGGCCUCUGCCACAUCCGUCACGUCCGGCACGGGGCCUAAGGACAGGGCGGUGGACAUCUCAAAGAAGUACCGCAGCAUCAGGCCCAAGCCUGUGCUGGUGAUGGAGACACUGCCGCGGCUGGUUGGCCUGCCCACCCUGCCGGCGCCUGAAUGCCUGGAGCAGGAGAUCCUGGUUGCCCACCAGGUCCCGGGGAAGCCCCAGGACGGUCAACGGCUGGAACACGCGACCGCCAGGCCGGGGCUCCCGAGGCCGUCAGGGGCCGGGCCCGGGGCGGGGGCCGGCGGCUACGCCUUUCUGGGCAGCCGGCAGCCGCACCGCUGCCCCACCUGCGGCCGCUGCUUCCAGUUCAAGCACCACCUCCAGAGUCACAUGAACAGCCACACCAACAGCCGGCCCUACGUCUGCCCCAUGUGCCGCAAGACCUACGCCCACUCGGGCAGCCUCAGCACCCACAUGAAGCUGCACCACGCCGAGGGCUGGCCCCGCCGGACCCUGCGCUGCGAGUUCUGCGAAAAGGCCUUCGGCUACGUGGGCGUGUACUUCAGCCACCUGAAGGAGGUGCACAAGGUCAUCCUGACGGUGGAGCCGUCCAUCAGCCAGCACGAGGAGGACGUACCAGUUCUGAGCUCGGCACCACCGGACGCGGACGAGCAGGAGGAGGAGGACCCCGUGGAGCUGCAGAUCAAGUGCGGGCGCUGCCAGGCCAUCACUCCCACGUUCGCAGACAUGAAGCUGCACCUCCUGUACGUGCACGGCGAGGAGGUGCAGGUCCGUCUGAAGGAGGGGGCGCUGCAGGGGGGCCGCGAGGCCGAGGACGAGCUGGUCAAGCACGCCGCCCACUACUGGAGGCAGCUGAACGAGAAGCGCAACAUGGUCAAGUGCGGGAGCUGCGAGGAGGAGUUCUUCUCCUUCUCCAAGCUCAAGAGACACGUCCACUCCCACCACCAGGGGGAGCCGGGGAUCGGCACGCAGGGCAGCGCUGCGGAGGGGGGCGGGAGUCCCGCUAGCGAGGAGUCCGAAUUGUUCGUCAGGGGCGUUCUGGCUCAGGGGCUCAGGACUGGCUCGGCCUUCAACUGUGUCCUGUGCAAAGAGCUCCUGGACAGCAAGGCGGAGCUUCUGGAGCACUGGAGGGGUCAGCACAACUGCGAGGACCCCUCCGUGCUGUGGACCGUGUUCACCGCGUUUGCAGAGCGCGAGGAUCUCCAGCAGGGGGCGACGGCCUGACCGUUAUCUCCCUGCAGGCCUCCUGAACACACCCACAACCUGUCACAUGGCUAAGUUAGAGCACAGAGUAGACCCAAGACUCACAUAUUGUUUUGUUUUUGUUUAUUUUUUUUGUUAGAAACUUGUUUUGUAUUGUUUUGAAUAUUUUUCCUUUAGGGUACUUUGAUUUGUAAAGGAGUAAAACUGCCUUCACUAUUUUAUUUUAGCCCACUUUGUUUGCACUGUUUUAACGUAGUUGAGAGACUAGCGAGAUGAAAACACAUUGAUAGUAAAGCAGUGAAGGAAUAUCUAUAAAAAUCUUUUUGUCAUUUAAUAUUUUUUGUCAGCUGAAGACAUUUUCUAGCAAAUAAUAUAGGUUUCUUUAUUUAUGAGAUGCAUUGGUACAUGUAUUAGGCCUCAUGAAUGAAAAAAAUCAGUGGAGUAAAGAAGAAAAGUAGUUUUAUAUGGCAUUCUUUUUAUUUGUGACAAUAUUUGUUUUGUAUGAUUUGAUUCAAGGCCAUUUUCCUCAACCAACAACCAGUUACAACGAGGCACUGUGAUCAGUGACAGCCUUUUUUAAGCAAAGCUGAGGCAUGUUCAAAUAUUUCCUACCUGUUACAAAGUUACAAGGAUAUCAGUUCCUGAAAUACACACUCUAUAUUCAGUUUUAGAGAAAAAUAUUUGAAUGUGUCAGAUAGUUUCACAGGUCAUUUAAUUGUACGCAUAAUAAUGUCAUAGAUAACCUGUCUGGUAUUACAAGAUAAAUUAACUUUGUUGGAGAACUUGUAACUUUGCUCAUCUUAAUUUUACAGUGCCGAUUUCACUAUAGAGCAGGCAUUGCUGAAUGGUUGUGUUGGAGCUUUGUAGUUAAAUAUCUUUCAUUUUAGGUUUGUGAAGUUACAUGGCCAUUUACUAUGUACAAAUUAUCGCUAUGCGUUCCGUAUCGCUGUACACCACUAGCAUGAGUUUGUUUCAGUGUUUGGUAGUGUGUGGAUAAUGCGUCACCUAUUCUAACUAAUGUUAACCUGCUUCUCUGUAAACCUGUGAAAUCUGCUUCAUCUCUGAUUUUCGGAAUCAUGUAUUGCAGGUGUGCAGUUGUACAGCAUAACAGGGUUUUUAAACAGGUUUUCUGGUUUUCAUUCGUACGACCUCAUUAAAAUAUAUAAAUACAUAGUGGCAAAGGCUUACUCCCUGAUAUACACUAGUUUUAAAUAUUGCUAACCUCAAAAGAGUGUGUUUUUUAUGCUGUUGCUAUAGAGAUAUGUUCGGUGUUUUGAUUUUUGAGGUGGUGAAAUGGCUUUAAUAAGGCGUUAAACUGUUCAAAGCAUUCUAUAAGUUUACCGGAUUUUCGUUGUAAAGCAUUUUCACAGGGUAACUGAAUGUUUCUUGAAUGUUUUAAAACUAUCAAAUAUGUAUAUACAUAUAUAUGCACAUAUAUGUAUAUAUUUGUUUAGUAUAUGAAGUAAAAUGCUGCUUGUGUUUUCUCUCAUUUGAAAGAAACGCACAUCCUAAUGGUUUCUCACCUCCUGCAGCUUGAGUUAUAUAAAUGUUUCCCUGCUGUGUCUGAUGAGAAACCCUGGAUGUGGGGAGAACUUGGAAAUGCAGUCCCCUGGCAUCUGUUUAACUGUGUCCUUUGCGACUGUGAUAAACAAAUACAAAACGUGUCUCUCGUAAGUACGAAUCACUGGAGGUGGAAAUGCUCCAAUAUUAAGAGGGUAUUCUGGGGUGAGUUUAGUGGCGUGUUAAAUGUUAAAGUGGAUUUGGCCAUUCAUCCAAAGCACGGGUGAUAGAAAAGUCUAAGGCCUAUGUUCAAUAUUAAUUUUGAGCUGUGUAAUUGAAGAAACUUCCAUGUUUUUGCACAAACUUGGCAGUAUAUCAAGACAAUGAAACAAAGCAUUAUGACAAAACGGUAUGAAAUCGCAAUGGUUUCCUAAAUCGCAAGGUCUUGUGUAAACUGUAUGGAAGUGGUGCCAGGGGCACAGAUGCCAGUAAGAAAGCUAUUAUCUUUUGUGGUGCGUUUGAAACGGUUUCAUCCAAAACAAUGGGGAGGGACUGGGGCAGGGGCAGGGGUGUGGACUGCAGGAGUCUGUUCUGGGUUCAUCCUUGAAGUGCUUGUUCUCUGACAGCUUUUGGAGUGUUUGCUAGAGCGCGGUGCAUUAAUAAAGGUUAAUGGCUGAGUCCGAA